AUGUAUACUAUUUAUACGUCAUAAAAUGGCUCAAUAGCUCUAAAUAACUGCUUAACUUUGCCGUAUGAUACUAUAUUAAGGAUCAUAAUAUGUUCAAGAAACAUUUUCUCAUUCACUCCAUUACUAAUUACAAAUAUCUAAUGUGCAACUCGUUCUCCUUCAAAAAAAGGUUGUCAAAAGAAACCAUAAAAAGGGUAUAAGAAAAUUCUUAGAGGAGAAGAAGAGGCUUAAUUACCUAUGCCUUAUUAUUCAGUUUAUGAGUCACAUAAAUGGAAUAUAUCGAAUGAUGGAGACUAUGUGUUUGAGAUUAAAUGUAAAUAAUUAGGUCCAUGUUUUUUGAGAAUAAUUUGGUUAUCAUUAGAUGAUAGAAAGAUUCAUGAAAUGGGAUAAGCUUUCAAUUAUUUAGUAUGGAAUCCAUUAAUGUUUAAUCUGAAAAAUUUUACAGUUUAGACAGUGUUGCCAAAUUUAGUAAGGAAAUGGGAUUUAGAUGGAUUUGAAGCAUUUCAUUUGUGUCCAAUUUAGGAAGUAUCUCAUAGUUUAUAUGCAAUUAAAGAUCAUUUUAGUAUAAAAUACUUUCAAAAUUAUGAAGAUCUACAUAAUUUUAUCUAAUCGUCUAAUAAGAUCUUUUUUGUUGAUGUUGUUUUGAAUCAUGCAUCAAAGGAAAGUGAAUGGUUGAAUGAAGAAGAAUGUGUAUAUAAUGAAAGAACUGUUCCUUAAUUAACAUCAGCUUUAGAAUUAGAUUUAGCUUUGAAAUAGGUAAAAGAAUAUGAUGAUAUUGAAAAAGUAAUAAAGUCAUUGAAAAUUGAAGAAUAUUUUUUAAUUGACUUGUAGAAGAUAGAUUGGAUGAAUUGUUAAUUAGAAAAUGGUAUUGUAAAUAUAGAUGAAGAUGAUGAUAAUAUAUUUGUAGAAUCUAAUUAAGAGAAAAAUGUAAAAUUAAUUGAGUAAUAUUUGAAAAAUUUUGGAGUUUCUAGAUAUGGAGUAACAUUGGAGUUUAAAAGAUUAUUGCAAGAAUUGGGAACUCAUCAAUUGACUAUUAGUUAAAUAAAGAUAGCUUUAAAAUUUAUUAAUGAAAAAUAAUUCAAAAGGGCUAAAUAAUAUGAAGCAGAAUCUAUAGCGAAUAAUCAAGUACAUUAUAAAAAGUAUGGAUGUGUUUAGAAGUAUUUCUUUAAAUUGAAGAAUUGGUAUGCUGCUUAUAAUGGUUAUGUUGAUAAUAUUGAUCCUGAAGAAGAUUUUGUUACCAGCCAAAAUUUCCAUUAUUUACGACAUACAAUCAAUAAAUGGAGUGUUAUUAAAUUAAGAUAUGGUAGUAAGAGAGACACACCUUUGUUAUUGAAUAGAAUGAAAGAAUAUAUUUGUUAAAUGGCUCGUUAUUUUCAUGGUAUUAGAUUAGAUAAUUGUCAUGGUACACCUUUAGCAAUCAGUUAAUACUUACUUAAACAUGCUAGAAUAGAGAAUCCUUAAUUAAUUGUUUUUGCUGAACUGUUUGGUUGUUCAUAUUAAUAGAAAAUUAAGUAUAUGAGUAGAUUAGGAUUAAAUGGAUAAGUUGAUGAGUUAUUUUAUUGUAGGAAUGCAUCCUCUAUUGUUAAUAAAUUAUAAAGUUGUUCUUUCGUUUAACAAAUCUCAGCUCCUCAAAGACUUGUUUAUGAUUAAAGUCAUGAUAACCAACCUCCACUUGUGUAAUCUUAAGGCCCAGGUUAUUUGAUGUCUUUAGUAACUGCUUUAUCUUUUAGUAACUAAUUCAAAGGAACUACUAAAUUAGUUGAUGAAUUCUAUGAUUAAUAUGUAAGUUGUGUUCAUGAAAAAAGAUUUUACCCAUUAGUUAAUUUACAACUAUAAGAAUUACAUAGAAGACCUAUAACUUUUAUGUGGAAACAUAAUGUUUCAAACUUACAUUAAGGAGAAGCCUUACCUAAUAUUGUUAAAUUAAAAGGUUCUUUUGAUAAUUGGGAAAAAGAGUAUUUUCUUAAAAAUGACAAUGAAAAUCCAAAAUACUUCACUUGUUAAAUAGAAUUAUCUCCAGGAGUAUAUGAAUAUAAAUAUAUAAUCGAUAAUGUUUGGACGAUAGAUGAAAAUCAAUAAAAAAAUUAAAUGAACAACAUUAUAGAAAUUAAACCUAUACAAGCAUAUAAAUCCUUAACUUUUAUUCGAUAACUUUUUAAAAAUUAGAGUUCACAUAUAUACAUGGAAUCAAUUCAUGAAUAGCUUUUGAUUAUAACUAGAUGUUAAGAAGAUCAUCUAUUGAAUUAAACUAUAGUAAUUUGCUUAAGACCUAUUGUUCGAAAGAUUAAGCUACAUUCCAAAAUAUUAAAUAUCUAAUAUCAAUAUUCAUUACAAUUUUGUGGAAAAGAAACUGAUAAUCUUGAAAAUGAGAUUAAAGUUAAAUAACAUUACAUAGAUAUCACAACUUAAUAUGCUAAAAUUAAUGAAAAUACUGUAUCUAUUAACACUCCAACAUCAUAUGUUAUGAUUUUAUAAUGUGAACCUUUGGAAGUAAUACAAGAACUGAAUCAAUUUCUCUUAACUCCUUUUCAAUGUGCUGAUGAUUUAAAUCUGUUGUAUUAACCAUUGAUAAAUCAUUAUGAAGUACCAGGAUGUGGAUUGCUUUAUUAUACUGGAUUAUAUGGAGUGAUGAGAUUUAUUAAUAAAAUUGAAACCCUUUAGGAUCCUUUCAUCAAACAUAUUCGAGAGGGGGAUUGGCUUAUUGAAUAUUUAUCAGAACAUCAUGUUUGUUUGGUACCAAUUUUAACUAAAAUUAAAUCAUUACCUAAAAUAUUCAAACCACACUAUUUUAUUAAAUGCAUUAAACAUAUUGUUUAAAGUAUUGAAGAUAAAUUGACUCAACAUAGAGAAUUUUUCUUUAAAUAAAUUGAUAUCCUAUCUACAUAUUUUACACUCUAUGAUUUUAAUAAAGGUAGAGAAACAUUUAUGAGUUUUAAAGGUAUAUUAAUUUUAACAAGUAAACAUAAAUAUUUAAUUUAAUAGAUAAGGCUAUUGAAGGUAAAGCUUUAAUUUUUAAAUAUGGUAAUUUAAUGUAACAUGGUUUAAUACCUAAUUCAUUGAAACCACUUAGAUAUAAUACAAGAGAUACAUGUUUUUGGUGGAUUAAAGCUAUUCGUGAUUAUGUAACAUAUACAGAAGACUACUCGAUUAUUAGUUAAUUAUAAGAAUAAAUUUAAUCUAUAUUUCAAUCUCAUGCAACAGGCAUCAAAUUUAAAGAAUUAUAUGUAAAUGAUGAUACAGAUAAAGAAGUAUUAAAAUAUAAUUUAAUAAGGGUUUGGUUGUUGAACUUAAUUUGGAUUCUGAAACUGGAUUUAUUAUGGGAGGAAAUUAUAAAAAUUGUCUAACUUGGAUGGAUAAAAUGGGAUCUGGUACUUUAAAUAAAAGUUAUCCUGCUGCAUCAAGAGAUGGUGCUCCUAUUGAAUGUACAGCAUUAUUAAAAGCUUGUCUUGAUUUCAUUGGAAAAAUGAAUUAAUUAAAUAAAUAUACCUAUCCUGGAAUUAAAUUAUUGAAUAGGUUGGUUACUUGGAGAGCAUGGUCUGAUUUUAUCUGUUAACAUUUUGAAAAAAGUUAUUAUAUUCCAGUUGAUCCUACUUAUUAUAAUGAAUAUUAAGUAAUAGAAAAAUAUGUUAGAAGAAAAGGAAUCUAUAGAGAUAUUUUUAAAUGUUCUAAACCUAGAUCUGAAUAUUAAUUAAGACCUAACUCAUGUAUUGCUAUUGCUUUAGCUCCAGAACUCUUUUAAAAAAAUCAUGUUAUACAUCAUUUAGCACUUAUUGAAUCUAAUCUAAUCAAUUUAAACUCUCUAGGCUUAAGCACUUUAGAUCCUAUUGCCAGUGAAUAUAGUGGAAAGUAUAUUCAAUUAACUGACCGUUUUAAUGCAUAAGAUGGAUUUUCUAUUCAUAAUGGCUCUGAAUUUGUUUUUUUACUAGGAUAUUAUCUUAAAGCUUUACUCAAAAUUCAUAAAUAAGAUAUUAAAAAAGAAAUAUUUUAUGCUUAUCUUGCUCCUAUCAAACAACAUCUAAAAGAAUUGUAAUUAUUCUAUUUUUAUCUUCUAGUUAUUCUUUGCCAGAUUUCACUGAUCAAAAUGGACAUCUAAGUGAAUUUGCUCAAAAAUCUUCUAUACUAAGUGUUGCUCUCUUAAAAGAAGCCAUUUUUGAUUUGGAAGAAUUUAGUUAAAAAAUCUUAAAAUGA